AGCUGGUGUCCCCAGCCUUGGCGCUCCGUGUGGCAGUAACACCGCAGCGUGGCGUGGCAGUAACAUCGCAGCGGGUCCCUGGGUGGCUAGGCCAUGAAACCUUAGGAGGCCAUGCCGAAACGCGACAUCGUCCUCACCAAUGUCACCGUUGUCCAGCUGCUGCGACAGCCAUGCCCCGUGACCAGACCACCACCACCACCACCCCGGCCAGCGCCCAAAGUUGAGGCAGAGCCAGAGCCAGAGCCUGAGCCACAGCCAGAGCCAGAGCCAGAACCACAGCCACAGCCACAGCCACAGCCACAGCCUAUCAAGGAGGAACCCCCACCUCCUCCACCUAAGGUUCCUAGGGUUCGGGAACUCACUGUUGGCAUCAAUGGGUUUGGACGCAUCGGUCGCCUGGUGCUGCGUGCCUGCAUGGAGAAAGGUGUUAAGGUGGUGGCAGUGAACGAUCCAUUCAUUGACCCAGAAUACAUGGUGUACAUGUUUAAGUAUGACUCCACCCAUGGCCGUUACAAGGGGACUGUGGAAUACAAGAAUGGACGGCUGGUCGUGGAUAACCGGGAGAUCAGUGUCUUCCAGUGCAAGCAGCCGAGAGAUAUCCCCUGGAAGUCUGUUGGGAGCCCCUUUGUGGUGGAGUCCACAGGCGUGUACCUGUCCUUAGAGGAAGCUUCCAACCACAUUGCAGCAGGUGCCUUACGUGUGGUCAUCUCUGCACCCUCACCAGAUGCACCUAUGUUUGUCAUGGGGGUGAAUGAAAAGGACUAUAACCCUGGCACCAUGAAAAUUGUCAGCAAUGCAUCCUGUACCACCAACUGCCUGGCCCCCCUCGCCAAGGUCAUUCAUGAGCGAUUUGGGAUUGUGGAAGGACUGAUGACCACAGUUCAUUCCUACACGGCCACCCAGAAGACAGUGGACGGGCCAUCAAAGAAGGCCUGGCGAGAUGGACGGGGAGCCCAUCAGAACAUCAUCCCAGCCUCCACAGGGGCUGCCAAGGCUGUGGGAAAAGUCAUACCAGACCUCAAAGGGAAGCUGACAGGAAUGGCAUUCCGAGUGCCAACACCAGAUGUCUCUGUCGUGGACCUGACUUGCCGCCUUGCCAAGCCUACCCCAUACUCAGCCAUCAAAGACGCCAUAAAAGCAGCAGCCAAGGGGCCCAUGGCUGGCAUCCUUGCCUACACUGAGGACGAGGUUGUCUCUACGGACUUUCUCGGAGAUACCCGCUCAUCCAUCUUCGAUGCUAAAGCCGGCAUCGCGCUCAACGACAACUUCGUGAAAUUAAUUUCAUGGUACGACAACGAAUACGGCUAUAGUCACCGGGUGGUGGACCUCCUCUGUUACAUGUUUAGCCGAGACAAGUGAAGUAGGACAGCCCCUCCUCUGUUUCCCUGUACUCCCAGUCCAGAACCUCUACCUCCCGCUCCCGCCCUCGGCUCCCCAGGGGAAGCAAGGUGCCCUGGGCAAGGGACCCGCGCCGCUGGGCCACCAGUGAAAUAAAA